AUGCCGACGUAUCGAAGCUCGGACCUCGCGUUUUCAAAGUAUAACAACGCGCCCGGGACCGGGGGGUCGGGGGCGACGGCGACGAUCCCGCCGAACGGUGGGUACCCGUGGUACGAGGAGGAUGAGAGGUACGCGCCGGCGACGCGCGGGGAGGGAGGGGUGAGCUCGGAGUGGACGCCCAUGUACGAUCCGACGCGCGAGGAAUACUUGAAGGAUAAAGCCGAGGCCGUGGCGAAAGGGAUUCCGCUCGGGAGCUUCAUCGACGCGAAAGUGGCGGCGAUGAGAAAGCCGCCGAAGACGCUGCGUCUGCUCGUCACGAGCAUGCUGCACGUCGACUGCGAGUACGGAGGGCCGUUCUGGAUCGACGUCUCGGACACCACGCGCGUGAACGAGGUGAAAAAGCUCAUCGCGGAUAAAACUGGAGUCAUGCCGGGGCUCGUGCGCUUGGCGUACGCGGGGAAGAAGUUUGACGAUAACUCGCGAACGCUCGCGCAGAUGGGCGUUCGAUACUGGAACGCAAAGUUCCCGGAUUGGUCUCUGGUCAUCCUGCGCUGA